GCGCGCCCUCCAAAACCGUAGAGAACACGCCCGUAAUCGCUCGCGAGCUUCGAAGCCCACCAUCCUCCUCUCCUUCGUCCUUCGGCUCCCUCCAUGGCGGCCGGCGUCCAUGUCGAGGACGACGACGACGACGAGGGCUUCGGGGACUUCGCCUUCGCCGCCGCCGCCGCCGCCGCCUCCGCCUCCAUUUCCAGCAACGGCGGAGCCUCCGCCUCUCGGAACGACGACGACUGGUCCGAUUUCGUCGGCUUCGGCCCGAUCUCGUCUGCCAAAUCCGUCGCCCAUCCUUCGAGCGACUCGAGCUCGUCGGCAAUACCUGAUUUCUUCGCGGAUCGCUCGGUAGAACCGCAGGCCGCCGCUCCGGCGCCGAGCGGCGCGAACUCACUGGAAGCCCAGUGGCUGAAGCCUAAGGGAGCUAUACCGUUGUCGAUAUUCGGGGAAGAGGAGGAGGAGGAGGAGGAGGAGGAGCAACCUGCCGCAGUCGAUCCUACAGUGGCCGAUGCCAGUCCCGCGUUUAAGCUGGCGAAUGGUCAUUUGGUGAAGACGAGUUCCGAUUUGAACGUCGGUGUCGGAUUGAACGACUUGAUUUCUAAUUUGUAUGAUCGGAGUCCGAAAGUCGGUAAUCCAAACGGAACGGAUGCGGAUCAUAACGCGAACUCGGUGGCAUACGGUCAGGAUCUGAACGGUGAAGCUCAUAGUGGGUCGAAUCUGAAGUUGAGUUCGACGGGGAUAGACUCCUCUGUGCUUAACGGAAAUGGCGAGUUGGUUGAUGAUGAAGAGUGGGAAUUUACGUUUGUGGAUGCGGAGAGAGUGUCUAGCGACCAGAAUAUUAAGCUGUUUAACCAGGAAAAGCAGAAUAAAGUUGAGAUUGAUGCAGCUGAGAAUGGGAACGUGUCCAUUUCGAGCGGCAAUGGUUGGAAUUUUGAUGUGCAUGUUUCCACUCCAAACUUCGACAUGCUGAAAUCAGGCAUUAAUGGGCUUGUUAUUGAUUCUGUUAGAAAAGAGGAGGAUAUAGGUGACGAUUUUGGUUGGGAAUUCAAAGGUGCAGAAAUUGAAUCUCAGUUCAAUCAUGAGAACUGUAAGGGUAAUGGGGCAACAUUCGGAAGUUCACCGACGAGUGAAGCCACUUUUGAUUUUAGCAACGGUGCACUCGGACAAUCCGAUUUGUUUGUCUCAUCAAAGUGGAUUGCUGAUGAAUUUGUCAUGUCAAAUUCUGUGUACGACUUGAACCCAAAACCCAAGACCGACCUGAAAGGCACCAAUCAUGAAGUUAAUUUCAAUCAAGUUGAUGGAGUUGCUGAAACUGAGGAAAAUGAUUGGGACUUUAGGUGUGCGUCUUCAGAAACUGGUUCAAGUGCUCAGGAUGAUCUGAAGCAUGCUGAUAACGGUGCAAAGACAAGUACAAUGGAGAGGAGUGCUGACUCUGGCCAAAAUUUUUGGGAAUUUAAAGACGCCUUAUCAGAAGCUGCAUCAAAGCAUGAGAGAAAUGAGAAACACCAUGGGAAUGGGAAAAAGGAAGCCCUGCCACUGUCUCUUUUUGGUGAUGAAGAUUUGGGAAAAGAAGAUACAAUAGUGCAAGACGACAGUUUUAUCAAAGAACCUGCACCUGAUACAAGAGAUAGGACUAAACUAACUUCAGGAACAUCCAUCAAUGAUCUUAUAUCAAGUCUGUACAGCGAAUCCAUGCCGAAUACUCCUGCGGCUGACAUUAAAAUGCUGAGUGAGGGUGCACUGAAUACCACCUGGACAAAUUCGGAAACAGAUUCAGCAAUCAAAGAGGACGACUUUGGUGAUUGGGAUUUUCAGGGUGCUGCCUAUACACCAAGAGGAGAUGAACCUCAGAGCUUUGGCACAAGUACUCCAUGGCUUAGUAUUGAUGGGUCAAAUUCAAGCCACACUGUGCCAGUGUCCAGAUUAGGAAAUAACCUAAACGUCUUAGAGGAUAUUUCUUGGGAGCAUAGCGAUCUCUACCAUGGGACCAAAUCUACAGAAAUCUCUCUAACCAGUCCUGUGGAUUCGCUUCAAAGUUUUCGCAUUGAAUUAGAACUUGAUGAUCUUGUUCAAUUUUAUUGCAAUUUGAAGGAUGAGUUGUGCCUUGUUGCUCGCCAGCAUCUUAAUCAGAAGGUGCAUGACCCUGUUGAUCUUGCUGGUGAAAAUGCAAAGGCAAAAGCUCAUGAUGAGGAAAUUCAGGAGCUUCACGAUGAGCUGCAUUCAAACGACUCGUUCUUACAACUGCCCUCAAAUAAUCUAUCUGAGAGAGAUAUCAGCAUCAGUACAUUUCUUGAAGUCUUAUCUGGAGAAAAGUUCCACGUGAUUGAGGCAGAGUAUAGCUUGUCGAGUAGAUUGUCAUCGGUAGAGAGAGAUUCAAAGUCACUGGUUGAACUCUUGAGACACGUAGCCUUGGUACUUAAAAUCUUAAAAUUAGGAUCAGCUGAGGAGCAAUUGAAAUAUGUUUCCACAUGGUCUAAAAUGAUCUCUGCUUGUGCUCGAGAGCUAAAGCAUGGAGCCUCAAUAUGGAAGCAAGCUCUGGAGAAGAAUGUUUCCAGUCAAAUAUUAUCUGAAAAAGAAGGCAAGCAGUAUAUACUUGCGCUUGGAGAAGUUUACAGAGCAGUCGGAGUUCUUGGGGCCUCAGUCAUGUUGUACAAACCAUGGAUUCUUCUUAAUUAUGGAGAUUUCUCUGGCAUAUCUGCUCUUUUAGAUGAAUGUGCUUCUUCAUGGUCCAAUUCAGGCCUUGAAGAAGCUCUUCAAAGCAUAUCCAAUCCUCUGGAGUUCCAAUAUGAGGAGACCGUCGAGGCUUUAGUGGAGUCCAUCAAGCAUGUUUACAGUCUCAAUGCAGGUGUACUCCAGAAGGCUGUUUUUUCUUGUGAAGAACCUGUUUGCCAUUUGUCUCUGUUGAAUCCAGGAACGGUGCCAGGUAUGAAAAUGAUUGUCUGGGACGAGGAGCAGUAUUUUCUCAAACUCGCUAAUCUAUGGGCAAAUUUGAUCAGCCGUCAUCCUCCAGAAUUGCCGUGCAUCAAGAUUUGUGGCUCUUGACGCGAUGUUUACUGGUCA